AUGGUAGUAGACCCACUAGAAGUUCCUUGCGAGCCUUUUGAACAGAUUGGCCAGGAUCAAGAAACAGCUACGUUAGUCGGUGCAGAGGAAAGUGAGGCCGAGACAGAGGUCAUACAUCAAAACGUAGUUCAUCUAGGGGUAGAAUAUCUGAAUGGCAUUGGCUUAUGGCAAAAUGUUACUAACGAAAUGCAAGUUUUUUGGUGUACUAGAGACCCUAACGAAUGUCAACACUUUGAGUGUGAUUUUUCUGCUUCAAGCCGACAGUACGACGACAGUAAAAGAUUCUUUUCUCAGUCUAUGUUUUUUCGGAAACACAUAAGUGGUGGUAAAAUCAAACGGGAAUGGCUCAUGUAUUCUCCGUCUAUUGGAAAAGUAUACUGUUUUCCAUGUAUCCUUUUUGGUGAAGCUCAAAACCGUUCACACUUUCAAACUGGAUUUUCUGAUUGGAAAAAUGCGUUGCACCGAAUUCAAUCGCAUGAGAAUAAUGCAACUCGCCGUGUAUGUGUACAGACACUGAUUAGUAGACGGCGCAUUCACGGACGAAUCGACACUUCCUUGGAGGUUACAUUUAAUAAAGAACGAGAAUAUUGGAAGAAAGGUUUAGAAAGAAUGGUCUCAGUGAUAAAAUUUUUAGCAUCCCAUGGAUUAGCAUUUCGUGGUGACAAUGAAAUUCUCGGUUCUCAACAUAAUGGCAACUAUUUGGGAAUUUUAGAAUUAAUCGCUGAGUACGAUCCGUUUCUUAAUUCGCAUUUAGCAAAAUAUGGUAAUGAAGGCAAAGGAAAACAAUCGUAUUUGUCUGCAACGAUUCGCGAGGAACUGAUUGAAAUAUUGGGAAAUAAGGUUUUAAAAUAUAUUGUUAAUGAAAUCAUUGAAGUCAAAUACUUCUCAAUAAGUGUCGAUUCGACACCAGAUAUAUGA